UCUGCUGCUGGGGUGCUGGCUGAAGCUUGCAAGGACUUCUCGGAUCGCAACAACUAGAUACGUUGGCGAAUCGGGAUACUUCUAGAAAGAGCGGAGUUCAGCAGAAGUCCCGAGCCGAAGGAUAUCGAUCCCACACAUCAGUAGGCCUGAGAAUCCACACAUCGAGCGACUAGUUCAUUCGUUUCUCUAUCGACUCCGGUGGCUUUAACAGUGUUCCGGGCCACCGCUGCUAGUGCUCUCGAUUUUUCGUUCAGAGAGAUCAUGGCCGAAAAUCAUGCUGCGAUGGCGGAGAGUCUUCCCGCGGGGAGCGUCACUGCCGAAGGAUCGACGUCCUUGGAUUGGGAGUCGGGCGUGAAGGCGCUGAAAGAAUUCAAUGAGACCAACGUGAAAACGUAUACUUUCGACGAGUCCCAAUUGCGGGAGUUCUUGCCACAGAUCCCCCAUGUGGUGAAGCUGCUCGACAGUGCCGCAGAAGAAGAUCGCAUGGUCGCUCUCGCAACCUGCAGAAUUCUGAGUCGAGACAGGAAAGUCGCCAACGCCGUCUUCGGCAAAGAUCUUUUCGAGAAACUGUGCAUAAUAACUCGACUGAAGACGGGCUCGGGUCCUCUGACGGAGGCGCUGGCCCCUGCCGCUCUAGAAGCCGAAAAGGUCAUAAGUAAUCUGGUGUUCCACGAACAGGAGUACCGCGAUUUGUCGGUUGCGCACGGUGUGCUGAAGUCGCUGAUCGACCGUGUCGCCACCGUAGACGCGGUAUCGCCGGAGAUCCAAUUGUUUGACGUGCGAGUUCUAUUCGGCUUGACCGCGCGAGAGCCAUCGCUGCGAUUGGUGGCUCGUCAAGAGCUCGACGGCUUGGCGAAUCUAUGCUCGCUUCUGAAAAAUCUCCACGACAAACUUCCCGAGAGCGACGCAGAUCUCAUCAACUGGACAUUGAGGGCAUUGUACAAUUUGACGGCGAGUUUCAAGGAGGAGGAGAAGGAAGAGCUCGAGCUCGAUGAGCUGAUGACAAUUCUGCGUCAGCUGCUGCUGGCGAUGAAGGACGACAAACUGGUCGUCGAAGAAGUUAUCAACAAUCUCAGCAACAUGAGCAAAAAGUCGCUCGCCGGUCUCCUGACCCCCACGAUCUCGGCGGACAGCCACAGGUUCAUGCGCUACAACGUGGAAGCCGUCGACGUAAUGCUCGAUCAGCUGGACUACAAGCUCGAGAGCCCUCACCAGAGGGAGUGUCUGGUUCCGGUGUUGGUGGCGCUCUCGCAAGCGGCUCGGAGUUCGCGAGUCAUCCGGAAAUACGUCAAGGCUCGCAUACUUCCUCCUCUCAAGGACGUCAUGAAUCGACCCGAAGAGGGCGAUACACUCCGCAAUAAGCUCGUGAGGCUGAUGACGUCUCCGCUCACCGAAGUCAAGUGCACGGCGGCGGAUCUUCUGUUCGUGCUCUGCAAAGAGAAAGUCGGCCGACUCAUCAAAUACACGGGAUACGGCAAUGCUGCAGGCCUCCUCGCCAAUAGAGGUCUGAUGCUCGGUGGACGCGGCAACGGACACUUCUCCUCUGAGAGUGAAGAUAGCGAUACAGAGGAGUACGUCAAGUACAAGGACAAUAUCAACCCGGUUCUCGGCUGUUACGAAGAGCCGAAACCGAAUCCGAUCGAUGAGAUGACCGAAGAGCAGAAGGAGCACGAAGCCAUGCAGCUCCUGCAACUCAUCAACCGUCUUGCCCAAUGCAGCAAUAUCAGGCCUUGCGUAGUGUACGAUGGCAAGCCGCAUCCCGUGGACAAUGUUCACGAGUUAUUGAAUGGUCUUUCUCAGCCCAACACCUCUCAGACGGAGGGGGAUUGAGAUGAAUCGGAACGAGGGCCGCGCGAGCCAGGAAUUUUAAAGUGAAAAAACGUGAAGACCGAGCUAUCCGGACGGACAAUUCGUGGUUGGAGGGGGACGGCAACGUGUCACUCCGCCCGCUUGCUCACUCGUUGAUUGAUUGAUUGAUUGAUCGUAGUCCGAAUGAGGAAUCGGAGCUUGGAAAUGAGGAAUUCGACACGGCGGAUCCCAUCGGGGAAUUCGGAUCUGAUCCGCUUCGCAAAAGUUUAGACGACCGGGGGAAACUUUCGGAAGACUGUGGAGUUCAUGAUGACUUCCUGCCCACUAUAGCGCGUUGGUUACAUUACGCCGCGUCAUCCCAGUAGUAUUGAUGGUGUAUCGUUGCUCGACGAGGAUCGGAUCAUCGUAGGAAAUCAUUCGGUGGGAACAAGCGUCGCUCGCAAGAGCGCGACCUCCAACUACGCGUGGAGUCGUUCGAUCUACCAUUAUCUUAUUUGAAAUACUAGCGCAUAUUGCUUUUACGACUCCGAUGAUCAUCCAUAAGUUCACUUCUGCUGUACAAAGGACGGCGGCAUUGCAGAACAACGUUUAAACGAAUUGUAGAACGUCUGAUAUUUCAGUCGUUGAUUGUGCUAGCCAAUCUUCCACUUUUUCCAGUAUGCGAACUUCACCCCAUCGAAGCUCCGUUCAGUCAUGUGGGUCGAAAUGAUUUUGACAGGAAAUUCCCUCUUCGUGAACGGGAACAGGGAGUGACGACUAUUUAACUUUUCGCAGAAUGACAUUUCGCAUCAUUUGAGACGGAGAAGAGAACACAAAAUAACGAAAGCCUAAUAAACCGUGUCAAAAGACCGCACCCGA